CGCAAAUCAAUCGAAAGUUUUUGCAAUAUAGAAAUGUCUCACUAUGCGAAGCUAUCCUCGAUAGGAAAUGAGUUGGACAGAUAUAGAAAGAAACCUGAAGGAGAACAGCUUUUGGAAGAAACAUGUACUUUUGCGGCAAAAUAUAUUCAAGAUGUAUGUUACACGAAUGUAAGUGCAUCAUUGGAUACAAUCGCACAAGAGGUACGGAAUCGUCUCAGAGAGAAGCAUCCGAACCAUUCGAUAUUCUCCACGUCUGAUAAAACUUUUUCCUAUUGGAAAACCAACAAUAUCGAAGAUAAUCGAUGGAAUGACACAGAAAGUACGCAUAUUAUGGAUACACUCCAAGAAUAUAUAUUUCGCACCUUCUACAUUCGAGCACGUAUCCCCCCAUUUUCACCCGAAGAUAUCAAAUAUUUGUGUAUAGAUUAUGUUUUACAAAGUAAAGUUGGUGAAGAUAUCAUUGUAAAUACAAUAUUUCAUAGCGUGGCUAGAAGACUUGGUCUACGUUGCGAUGUACUAUAUAUUGAAGAUGGAUUCUGUAUAUUUUGGAAAUCAAAAUUAGUCACGAAUAAUUUUGAAAAUGCAGGAUGUUUUUACACACAAAAGUAUUUCCCCGGGUAUCGUGUUAUUGAUAAUCUAUCAGAAUACAUGUCUGUAAGACCAUUCGCAAUAACAAUUACAAAGAUGUUGGAGUCCAUAACACAUAUCGUUAGACAAUUUAUAAUGCGACAUAUAAUAAAUGCUUUGCAAUUAAUCGAAGUUAAAUGCAUUAUCCAAAAACCUUUGAUAUGAUUAAAAUGUAUUGCAAUCAUAUUAUGAUGAUAGGUAUUAUGAGUGCAAGUUAUAUACAUAUAAUGCAAAAUGUGAGUAAUUAUAUUAAUUUAAGCAUAUUCAUGUAUACUCAUAAUGACAUUUUUUGCAAACAGUUUCAAGAUAUCAUAAUAUGUCUGUGUUUUGAGUAGCAUAUGAGCCUGCAUCUGUGUCUAUUUUUGUCAUCAUGUUUAAAAAAUAUGAGUACAAUAUGAGUAAAGUACAUGCGCACUAACAAUCGCAUAUUAGUAUAUAAUAUAUACAAUUGUAAACAUAUUGAACACUGUGAGAUUUUUUUAGAUAACAAUUCUUUUAGAUAACAAUAUGUAUAAUUUACAAUUUUUUAUAAUUUAACGUGGUUAAG